CCAAAGCUUUUGGGUAUGCGACAACGUGAAUCAGUUAUUUUUAAUAAAACAGAAAAUCAAAUUGAAAUAUUUGAAAACCUCUUAAAUCUCUACAAUUCCCCCAAAGAUGUAAUUAAUUUAAAAAACAAUCCAGAACCUUUAAUUAAAUUGGGAAUUGAUUCUAAACAAUUUUCAACGAUUUUGGAGGUUAAAAAUUUUUAA